ACUGUGGGGAAAACAUUAUUUGGAGCAUCCAGCCGGUUCCGUAUGGGAAGCACAAUCGUAGGCGGCGAUACAGCGAGUUACUGGGGGGUUUACAUUGAGAAACACAGCUCCAGCAUGCUCUCCGCCUUCAUCUCCUGCCAGUGGAUUACAUUUUACUUUCAUUUAUGUUCUUUAGUAAGUCUUGGUGAAGCACAAUCUGCAAAGGAAGUGGUUCUGUUGGACUCCAAGGCACAGCAGACAGAAUUGGAGUGGAUCUCCUAUCCUCCCAAUGGGUGGGAAGAGAUCAGCGGCUUGGAUGAGAGCUACACACCCAUUCGCACAUACCAGGUUUGCAAAGUCAUGGAGCCCAAUCAAAAUAACUGGCUUCGGACUAACUGGAUCGAAAAGGGCAAUGCCCAGAGAAUUUUUGUGGAGCUGAAGUUUACCUUAAGGGAUUGUAACAGCUUACCUGGUAUGGUGGGCGCUUGCAAGGAGACGUUCAACUUGUAUUACCAGGAAACGGCUUCGGAGACGGGCAGGAGUAUGCGAGAGAACCAGUAUGUUAAAAUUGACACAAUUGCAGCAGAUGAAAGCUUCACUCAGGGCGACUUAGGUGAGAGGAAGAUGAAGCUCAACACUGAAGUGCGCAUAAUUGACUCCCUGUCCAGGCAGGGCUUUUACCUGGCCUUUCAAGAUGUAGGGGCAUGUAUUGCCUUGGUCUCUGUCAAAGUUUAUUACAAGAAGUGCUGGUCCAUCAUCGAGAACCUGGCCAUAUUCCCAGACACUGUGACAGGAUCGGAGUUCUCCUCCCUCGUGGAGGUCAAGGGAAUAUGUGUAAACAAUGCGGAGGAGGAUGCUGACAACUCUCCCAUGAUGCACUGCAGCGCUGAAGGGGAAUGGCUGGUGCCCAUUGGGAAAUGCAUAUGCAAAGCAGGAUUUCAUCAGAAAGGAGAUUCAUGUGAACCAUGUGGUCGUGGUUACUACAAGAGUUCCUCCCAGGACCUACAAUGCUCUCGCUGCCCAAUGCACAGUUUUAUUGACCGUGAGGGCUCCUGGCGCUGUGACUGUGAUGACGGCUACUACCGCGCUUUUGCUGAUCCUCCUCCUGUGGCUUGCACAAGACCUCCUUCCGCGCCGCAGAAUCUAGUCUACACCAUCAAUCAGACGACACUUAGUCUGGAGUGGGGUCCGCCAGCUGAUACUGGUGGCCGCAACGAUGUCACCUACAGGGUUCAGUGCCGGCACUGUAGCUGGCAACCUGAAGACUGUAAACCAUGUGGGCCAAACGUUGGAUACCUCCCUGCACAGUCACAAUUAGUGGAUACUUAUGUGAACAUCGUUGACCUCUUGGCCCAUGCAAACUACACUUUCGAGGUGGAAGCUGUCAACGGGGUGUCUGAUCUAAGCCGCACGCAGAGGCUGUUUGCUACAGUUACCAUCGCCACUGGACAAGCAGUUCCAUCCCAGGUCAGUGAGGUCAUCAAGGAGAAAGUGCAACAGCGCAGCAUCCAGCUUUCAUGGCAGGAGCCCCGGCAACCCAAUGGGGCCAUCACAGAAUAUGAAAUCAUAUACUAUAAAAAAGAUCAGAAGGACCAAACCUAUUCUACUGUAAGGGCCAAAUCCACAUCAGCAACUGUGAACAAUCUGAAGCCCAGUACAGCCUAUGUUUUCCAGAUCAGAGCCUUGACACAGGCAGGAUAUGGAACGUUUGGCCCCAGAUUAGAGAUAAUGACAAAGGAAGAGCCAACAGCUGCAAUUGUCUCCAGCGAGCAGAACCCUGUCAUCAUCAUAGCAGUGGUAGCAGUGGCAGGAACCAUAAGCCUGGCGUUCAUGGUGUUUGGCUUUAUCAUCGGGAGAAGGCACUGCGGGUACAGUAAAGCGGACCAAGAGGGAGACGAGGAGCUUUACUUUCAGUUUAAAUUUCCAGGCACCAAAAUGUAUAUUGACCCUAAAACCAAUGGAGACCCCAACAGAGCUGUCCAUCAAUUUGCCAAGGAGCUGGAUGCAUCCUGCAUAAAAAUUGAACGGGUUAUUGGAGCAGGACAGUUCGGCGAGGUGUGCAGUGGCUGGCUAAAAGUACCUGGAAAGCGGGACACUUCAGUCGCCAUCAAAACAUUAAAAGUGGGUUACACAGAGAAGCAGAAAAUGGACUUUCUGUGUGAGGCCAGCAUUAUGGGACAGUUCGACCAUCCCAAUGUUGUACAUCUUGAGGGGGUAGUGACAAGAGGAAAACCAGUGAUGAUUGUUAUGGAGUUCAUGGAGAAUGACUCAUUAGAUGCCUUCCUAAGAACACAUGGUGGUCAGUUCACAGCCAUUCAGUUGGUUGGGAUGCUGCGGAACAUAGCAGCAGGAAUGAGAUAUCUCGCUGAUACUGGAUACGUCCAUCGAGAUCUGGCUGCUCGAAACAUCCUUGUGAACAGCAAUCUUGUAUGUAAAGUGUCUGACUUUGGCCUGUCCAGGAUAAUAAAUGAUGAUCCUGAAGCUGUCUACUCAACAACCGGUGGGAAAAUAUCAGUCCGGUGGACAGCUCCUGAAGCCAUCCAGUUCCGUAAAUUCACCUUUGCAAGCGAUGUGUGGAGUUAUGGCAUUGUCAUUUGGGAGGUCAUGUCCUUUGGACAAAGGCCAUACUGGGACAUGUCCAAUCAAGAUGUCAUGAAAGCUCUAGAGGAGAGCUACCGUCUUCCAGCGCCAAUGGACUGUGCCCCAGGCCUGCAUCAGCUUAUGUUGGAUUGUUGGAAGAAAGACAGAGGAGAACGUCCCAAAUUUGAUCAGAUAGUCAGCAUUCUUGACAAGAUGAUUCGGAACCCAAACACACUGAAAACACCAGUUGGAACAUCUACAAGGGAUGUCACGAGGUUGGGUAUCACACUGGUGGACCAUCAGAAAAAGAUGAUGAACAGCAUUCAAAUAAUGAUAUCCCAGAUGUUGCAGCUUCAAAGUACAGGUGUUCAGGUCUGAUCAGAACAAAUAUAGAAAUGUUGUAUGAAAUGGAACCUGGUUUGAAUCAGAAUAAAUGGACAUCUAUCAGAUUCCUGCAGCUGCAACCAGUGGGGAAAAAAAGAUCGUGGGCACCAAGUAGAGGAAGAAAUGCAAAAAACAACAAUAGCAAUAUCUCUUGUUUUUUUCAAAUGAGCUACUGAAAAUAUAUGAAAUGAAUUGAAAAUAAUGUUUUUACCAUUAAUGACUGAGUCACCUGCACACUAUGGCAAUGUUUUUCUCUUUAAAAAGAACAAAAAGUGAAGUGUUGACUUUUUUUUUUUGCCAUGGUGUGUACAUAAUUCACAUUUCCUUCUACUUAGACUUGGAAACAGGGUAUACUCAUUAUUAUUCUAUAUGGAGGAAACCUCCAAAAGGUGCAUUUUCUAUUGGCACAUUAGGAGAUUAUCUAUAGUUUAAUUUUGCUUUGUUUUAAAAUGCAUUUCAAUUGUAAUCCUUGUUAAAGUGUGCAAUACUGAUGUUGUUCUUGACAGAACUCCUUGACUCUUUAUCAAAGUACAAAAAGUAAUACUAUAAGAAUUUAUCACAAAGACUUGAACCAACAAUCACCUCCCACCACAGCACCUUGUUUUUCCAUAAUUUUGCCUAAAUAUUGCACAAUUCUGAGUAGGUUUUUCAGCCACAAAUACAGUAAUCCCUCAAUAUAUCGCGGUUCACUUAUAGCGGAUUCAGUGCAUGCCAGAUUUUUUUUU